CACCUUGAGACCAGUUGCAUGUGGUGUUCCCGGAGGCAACAAAAGGGAAUUUUAGCGGAGGGGCCAAAGGGCUCAAACAGUUGAACACCCAGGUUUGGUCUUGCUUGUUCAUCGUUCAAAUUGUGUGUGCGUGGGGAUGUUUCUGGAUUAUAAAAAAAAUAGUUAGGCGUUACUAAAAAAAUUUGAAUAUAAAAUUUUUAGAUUAAAGAUUAAUGGUAUUACCAAGUUAAAUUUUCUUCUCAAGUUCUUAGAGAGAUAUAGACGUAGGAGUAAAUGCUCAGUGAUUGGAUGCAUCUUGUUACCUAAAGUGUAUCGAAGGCACAUGCGAAAAUCAUGAUGCAUUUCUUUGGGGCUGACAAUUUUUAGCAAGAUAAAAAAAAAGGUUGAUUGGGAAUUAGAAAUUUCAAACUUUGGAAUCUGGACGGUUACGAAACGUCCCAUCUGCAUGGGAUUUCUGUGAGUAACUCAUAACCAAAUCAUGAGUUAAAUCUAAACACACCUAAAGCCUUCUUUUUUUAAUUAUAUAUAUAUGAUAACAUCAUUUCCGCCUUCUUUGUGUUGGUAUCCACUAUUCCUCCUUCCGUAUAUUUAACUCAUGAUUCUGUGUUACGUUUUAUGCUUUGUUUUUCAACAACAAAAUGCGAAAAUGAUCUUAUUUAUCAAAACAUAAUAUGAAAUAUCUAACAUUUGGAGUAAGUUUAAUCCAAAACUUUCUUUUUAAGUUCAAAUGGUUUCUAUUUUAGUAACUUCUUUGUUAAGUUUAAUUGCGACUUAAAUAGGCAGAAACAAACACACAUAUAUUAUGGUUAUCAAUAAUUGGGAAAACACAUGCCCUACCCUGAUUUCAUAUCAUUAUGUUAUAUGCCUGCUCUUAAUGUUUGAAUAUCAAUUCGAGAUCAUAGAAAAUAGGUAUAGCAAGUCAUAAGCCUCUUAGCAUAACCUUUAAAUAAAACCAUAACUCUUUCCUGAAUUCAGAAGUGGAGAGACAGUGGAGAUGGAGCUCUUGGAGAAUCAGAAAAAAUUAGAGUGCUUCCGCCUGAAAAGGUUGGAGUUUAUGAAAGAAAUGGAGAAUAAAAGGUUGGAGGUUAUUUCCUUUUCUUUUAUGGGUAUGUCAGAACUCCCAACAGAUUUUUAGGACCUAUCAGAUACCAAACUUGGUGUUCUGUUUGGAUACUCAAAACCGAAUUGCUGUGGGAACUAGGCUAUUUUCAUAUCAAGUUGAGUUGAAUCGAAGUUUGGAAUGUGGGUAGAAUAGGAUCUUACAUAAUGUUUUUGUGCUUUCCCUACUUCACAUGUACUUUAAACUCACGAUUCUGCAUUUUAUAUGCUUUGGCUUUCAACAACUAAGUGCGAAAAGAUUAAGGUACUGUAGUACUGUUAAGCCAUUGGCGAUGGAGUACGUUACACUGUCCGGUAAACUUGAAGAGGUUGACAGCGCGAAGACCCUACUGAGAGGUAGGAUUGCAUCCGCAGCGGAGGAUGAGCUUCGUAGCCGCCUCGACGCAGCUGGCAACACGAUCAAAGCUACCAUAGCAAUUAAGGGAGCCGAAUGGCAGAAGAUGGAGCUUGCAUACUUAACUCAGAAGAUGGAGCUUGCAUACUUAACUCAAAAAAAGGUUAAGUAUGCAAGCUCCAUCAUCUGCCAUUCGGCCCCCUUAAUUGCGAUGGUAGCUUUGAUCGUGUUGCCAGCUGCGCCGAGGCGGCUACGAAGCUCAUCCUCCGCUGCGGAUGCAAUCCUACCUCUCAGUAGGGUCUUCGCGCUGUCAACCUCUUCAAGUUUACCGGACAGUGUAACGUACUCCAUCGCCAAUGGCUUAACAAUACUACAGUACCUUAAUCUUUUCGCACUUAGUUGUUGAAAGCCAAAGCAUAUAAAAUGCAGAAUCGUGAGUUUAAAGUACAUGUGAAGUAGGGAAAGCACAAAAACACUAUGUAAGAUCCUAUUCUACCCACAUUCCAAACUUCGAUUAAACUCAACUUGAUAUGAAAAUAGCCUAGUUCCCACAGCAAUUCGGUUUUGAGUAUCCAAACAGAACACCAAGUUUGGUAUCUGAUAGGUCCUAAAAAUCUGUUGGGAGUUCUGCCAUACCCAUAAAAGAAAAGGAAAUAACCUCCAACCUUUUAUUCUCCAUUUCUUUCAUAAACUCCAACCUUUUCAGGCGGAAGCACUCUAAUUUUUUCUUAUUCUCCAACAACUCCAUCUCCACUGUCUCUCCACUUCUGAAUUCAGGAAAGAGUUAUGGUUUUAUUUAAAGGUUAUGUUAAGAGGCUUAGGACUUGCUAUACCUAUUUUCUAUGAUCUCGAAUUGAUAUUCAAACAUUAAGAGCAGACAUAUAGCAUAAUGAUAUGAAAUCAGGGUAGGACAUGUGUUUCCCCAAUUAUUGAUAACCAUAAUAUAUGUGUGUUUGUUUCUGCCUAUUUAAGUCGCAAUUAAACUUAACAAAGAAGUUACUAAAAUAGAAAUCAUUUGAACUUAAAAAGAAAGUUUUGGAUUAAACUUACUCCAAAUGUUUGAUAUUUCAUAUUUUGUUUUGAUAAAUACGAUCAUUUUCGCAUUUUGCUGUUGAAAAACAAAGCAUAAAACGUAACACAAAAUCAUGAGUUAAAUAUACGGAAGGAGAAAUAGUGGAUUCCAACACAAAGAAGGCGGAAAUGAUGUUACCAUAUAUAUAAUAAAAAAAAGAAGGCUUUAGGUGUGUUUAGAUUUAACUCAUGAUUUGGUUAUGACUUAUGAGUUACUCACGGAAAUCCCAUGCAGAUGGGACGUUUCGUAACCGUCCAGAUUCCAAAGUUUGAAAUUUCUAAUUCACAAUCAACCUUUAUUUUUAUUUUUUUAUCUUGCUAAAAAUUGUCAGCCACAAAGAAAUGCAUCAUGAUUUUCGCAUGUGCAUUCGAUCCACUUUUAGGUAACAAGAUGCAUCCAAUCACUGAGCAUUUACUCCUACGGCUAUAUCUCUCUAAGAACUUGAGAAGAAAAUUGAACUUGGUAA